UGUCUUCGUUUUCAUGUUGUUUGAAAUUUUGGCGACGCUACAGAGUUUAGCAACAAUAUGGCUUAUUUAAAUAAUUCGGAUAACAAAAAAUCGGAUUUCGACUGGGACGAAAUAAACGUUGGCGAUUUUAAUCUAGAUCAUUCGGAAAAUUUCUUUGAAAAUUGCGCCAUUUUAGCAGCUGCAUUUUCAGCGCCGGCGCCAAACAAUCUUGGCGAUGCUAUAGACUUAAGCCACAAGCUGGAUAAUUUAAAUAAUACUAGUCAUUCAAAGGCAGAUUUCGACUGGAACGUAGUAAGGGCUGAUGCCUACAUAAUGGAGCAUUCGGAAACUAUAUGUGCAGCUUCCACUGCCAACAAGGAGAACAUAAGGGGUCCUUUGAACUGGAACAAUGAACCGGCAUAUGAGAUAAAACAGGAAGUUAAACGGGAGUUACAGUUUGAUGAUAUCAAAAUUCAGGAACCACGCUCUUGUUUGCAAAGUUUGGAAAUAGCAGGCGAGCAGCAGGAAAAUGCGUCACUGGAAUCCGAACUUCAACUGCAGCUAAAUUUGACGCCAAUUUUGCCGCGAGUGCAGGAGUUUCACUGUAAAGAGGAGUUGGACGACAAUGACGACGGCUAUCAGCCACGCCAAUUGAAUCCGUCGGAGUCAUCGCCGGUCUCCGUUCAGUCCCAAUCCCCGUGCGAACAGGAGCUACAGGACGAGAAUAGCGUAAAAAACGAGCCGCUCGAUUAUAAAGUCAAGCUUCGGCUCGGCUGGACUCCACAGGGUGAAAAGCAAGGCGAUGGACAUGCCGCCGCUGCUGUGAAAGCGCCCAGGGCAUAUGAAUGCAAAGAAGUGUAUCAGGCCAAGCGGGAAAUGGCGAUACGACAACGCGAGGAGGAGGAGCGCAAAGCACGCGAAUUUCACAGUAAACCGAUGCCAAACUUCAAAGCCCUGCAUAAACGCUUGGCGAACACAAUAGUCAUUCAUAGAAUCACCGUGCCUAUAACUCCGGAAACAGUUAAGCACUCAUAUGCCGACAUGGAGCGACGCAAGCGGAGGGAACAGGAAGCCAAAAUGAGUCAACAGCAGCAAGAGAACGGUGAAAUGGUGCGCAGAGCCAUGUAUGAGGCAAAGCCAUUUCAAUUGCGGGCCGAUCAGCGCGUGCGCGAACGUCGGGAAUAUAAUCAUGUUGUGCAGUGUCAUCAGGAGGAGAAAAAGAAGCAGGUAAAUCAUAAUCAAUAAUCAGAAUAAUUAGAAUUCAUCAAGCAAUAAUCCGAAUAAUUCAUCAAAACUACUCGUAUGACUCAGAAUAAUCCAUCAAACUACUCGAAUGACUCAGCACAAUUCAUCAAACUACUCGAAUGACUCAUUGCACGUGUGCGGAAGAAAGGUUGAAAGGGGGCAAGUCCCAAGUACAAAGUUAAAUCAAAUCACAGAUUCAGCUACGAUAUACAGUAAAAGGUCUCCAGAGGAUCAUGUUGAAAUACCAGAUGUUCGCCUAAAAGAGAUGUCCAUAAAUACACAAUAAAUAGAGCAUCAAGUUCUCGCAUAUUACCCUGUUCAUGAUUUAUUCAAAUGGAUGUUGCGAAAACUGUUCGUGAAAUUGUUCGAUGACCGUUCAAGCGGUCCGUUUGCAGAGCUUUCACUGUAAUUGCCGUCGUACGGUUCGCUUCUUCUUUGCUGUUUGCCAUUUGGGGCCCUUCUUCAGUUGAGGUAUUUAAUGAUCAAACCCAUCUACUCUUUAAUUGACCGAAUGCGGGCAGCUCCGAAAGUUGAGAAAGCGCAAAAAAAAAAUAGUGAAUAAUUAAUGGUGGCUGCUCCCAAGGAGGGCGAAGGGGAACCAGAAGUGAACCCCGCGACCUGAAGAUCUUCUCGAACUUGACAACAGAAUGGAAUAAUUCUUAUCCAAAUUUAUUCAUCAUAUGCAAAAGCUUUAAGUAAAUUAAGGACCGGAACCAUUUUCACAUUCAUUCAUCUUCUACCCUGAAAGAUUGGAAACAUUCACAGUCAUUCAUUCAUUCAUUCAUUUAUAAUCUGAAACAGACAGAAGCAGGAAUUAUCCCAUAGUAUUUAUGAUUUACAGGAAAUUACAGGAGUUCAAGACUUGAAAUUUGGAAUAUUUAUGUUCGUAUACGCAAAAGGAGUCGAUAUAUUUUUUGGGACAUACUUUAUAUUGAUCUUGAGCAGUGCUUUUUCAAUAACUAGAAAAUCUCAUGAUCUAGAUGCAAGUUGUAAAUAUUUAAAGGUAGAGAUUCACGUUUAUUUAAGGCCUGGAAAUGUAAGGAAGAUCGGAUAUAUCGUAAUAUAUAAUAACGAAGUUAAUCAAGAGGAUCAUAAUUAUGUGUAGAAAGAAACUGGAAUGAUUGUAAGGGCAGCUCAGCGCUAGGAUCAGGGUAUAUCCCAUAAAGAAGAUCGGAUUAUAUGCACCGAAUUUAGUCAGGAAUUCAUGGAAGAUAUCUGGAAUGAUUGAAGUGUGGCCGGCUGGACCCCCAGGGUAUUCCCUAGUCGGGUGCAGCCUUUGUCAUCUAUUUAUGUGAAACAACCAAACACCUGCCAAAAUGAACGAUCGCGAACUGAUCCAAUUUUCCCAUUUCACUCGA